AGCAAGAGGCGAGUUUCAGCCUGAGCAGUUGGGUGUGGGUGCGGAUGCCACCCACAGAGGAAGGAACUGCGUUCCGGAGUGGGGGUGCACUUGUUGCGUGACUUGGGCGAGGAAGCAAGAAUCCGCGCGCCCGGGGGGCGGAGCGAGAGGAGGAAGGAGAAGGUAGGAGCCAGGACCGGGGAAGCAAGACAGUGAGUCCAGGAGUAAGCAGAAUCCACUUGACUAGGAGGGAAGCAAAGCCGAAGUCAUCAUGGCUUCAGUGUCUACUCACGGAAACCAAGAUAAAGGUCCCCACUUGCCACCACCAAGCAAGCAGAGCCUUCUGUUUUGUCCAAAAUCAAAACUGCACAUCCACAGAGGAGAGAUUUCAAAGAUUAUCCGAGAAUGCCAAGAAGAAAGUUUCUGGAAAAGAGCUCUACCUUUUUCUCUUGUGAGCAUGCUGGUCACCCAGGGACUAGUCUACCAAGGUUAUUUAGCAGCUAAUCCAAGAUUUGGAUCAUUGCCUAAAGUUGCAAUUGCUGGCAUCUUAGGAUUUGGUCUUGGAAAGGCAUCUUACAUAGGAGUGUGCCAGAGUAAAUUCCACUCCUUUGAAGAUCAGCUCCGUGGAGCUGGUUUUGGUCCUGGACAUAACAGGCACUGCCUACUUACCUGUGAGGAGUGCAAAACUCAGCGUGGAUUAAGUGAGAAGGGAGAUUCACAACCUUCAACGUCCUAAACUCUGUACCUAUGGAUUUGGAAGUUUCUUUAGCCUUUGAAUUUGUACACAUUUAAAACUUCAAGUAUCCUUUAAAGUAAUGUGUUUACAGUGGAACAAAAACAUUGUGAUUCUCUCUCUAUUGAAAUGCUUUCUGUGGAAGAUUCUCAAUUGAAUGAGCAUUACAGUAGGCUGAAAUGCUCAAAACCCCAUCUGUGGUUUUGCUUUCCACGUUUCACUUACCUGUGGUCAACCACAGUCCAAAAAUAUAAUAUUAUGUACAAUAAGAUAUUUUGAGGAAUGACUGACCACAUUCACAUAACUUUCGUUAUAGCAUAUUAUUCACUUAUUAUUAGUUAAAAAUGUUAAUCUCUUACUGUGCCUAAUGUAUAAAUUAAACAUUAUUGUAGGCAGGUAUAUAAGGGAAAAAACAGUACAUAGGAGGUUCAGUAUGUAUGCAAUUUCAGGCAUCCUCUGGGGUCUUUGAACAUGUCACCUACAGAUAAUAAGGAGACUUCUGUCAUGCUUUUCUGCUAUUUAUGAACAUGUUGGGAGUAUUCACAAAAGUAAUUAUGUUGCACCCCACUAACUUACAACCAGUAAAAGAAUUUGGGAGACUUCUCUCACGCACACCUGUCCAUUCUUCCAUUCUGAUUUAAGUCAGUGUUUGAAGUUCUCUGAUGGAGGACAGGAGUCAGUGUUUGUGAACUUGGGAAGCCAUCUCCCCAAAGAAAACCAGUGUGUAUGGAGAUAAAAUGCAGUUGCAAGAAAGACUGUCUCUUGUAGGAAUAGGAAGUGCUUUCUAAAAUGUAGGGGCCAAGGGCCUUCCCUGGUGGCGCAGCAGUUGAGCUCUGGGCUGCGAGGCUGCCCGCGGCCUCUGCAGCGUCGGUUCAUUCGCCGGCGAGGGUCCCACAAAAAAUAAAUAAAUAAAAAAUAAAAUGUAGGGGCCAAGAUCUUUAACUUUAUGAAAAAUAUAUCAUUUGACUCACAAGCUGAGGCAGCUGCCCUCUGCUCAUCUAGCUGACUUUAUGCUUCAUUAGCGUUGCAUUUCCUUAUCUUCUUAGGUUACCUGCCUGGGUAAUAUGCACCUGCUCAUGGUCAGUACUCAAGAACUUUGUUCUUUUAUAGACUGUGAGUGGCCUGAAAGAAUAACUACAUCUUCCCAAACUGUCCCUCUUUCUCUGAAGAAAAAGUUUAUUUACAGGAGGAAUCACUGAAAGAAUUAAUUCACAGAAUGACAAACUCUUGGGAUUUUAUAGAGCUCAGAGGUAGUCAAUGCAACAUAAGAGUUGAAUGCCUAUUCUCCUGUGUUUUUUUGCAUAGAAAAAAAAUUUCCAUUGGGGACUUCUUGUGCUACGGUAGAUUAUCUGAGACCUUUGUAAAAACUUCUCUUGCAUCUUUGCAUCAUCUCAAGAAAAUGCUUUAUAUAAAGCAUUUGAUAUAUAACGCAUUUUCCUCAGAAGAUACAUGUAAGAAUACACAUAUACAUAUACACAUACAUACACAUAUAUCUAUAGAGAGAGAGAGACAAGAGUUUGUGUGUGUACACAUUUGUGUUUUACUCAAUACCUUUUGAAACCUAUAUCAUGGAAUGAAAAGAGAGAUCUCCUCUAAACUUAAUGUUUGAUAUGAAAUAUUUUAUUUUAAAUGUGAAAAAUAUUUGGAGGUUUUCAUUUUUACAGGAACAUUAAGUGUAUAAAACGACAUGAUUUUGACUCCUUUUUUAUAUUACAUAUCCUGGUUUUUCAGUGGCUAAAGCUCUAUUUCUGUAAAUGAGAACACAGAGCCAAUAUCCUUGCUUCUUGGAUGAAGUUUAACUCUUGGCUCUGACAACCAGCAAUUGAUGAUUCUUUGUUAUCUCAGUUAUUGGCAAAAAUUCAGUAUUGGGCACAUUUAUUUCCUGCAUCCCAGAAAAAGAUUUGCCAGGAGUCAGGACAUUUUCACAUUGCUAAGUAGAGCAAGUCAAAGUUAAAAAUCAGUCUCAGGGCACCAGGAAAAAGAUGAAUCUAUUAUUAUUGAAAAGAAACGUUGCUUCUAAAUGCUGACAUCAUCAUAGUUCUGAAUCAAAGUGGGUUUAUUGGUUGGGCUCUUUGCUUUUUCUAAGUAGGUAAGUUAUCCGUUGAUGUUCUUCAAAUGAUCUUAGUGUGAACAGAAAUAAGUAAGGAAAAACUAGAAGACCAUCCAGGAAAUCUUGGCUAUUUUGCUUCAUUACCUAUAGAAUAUGUUAUGAGGCAAGUAUUUGGAGGGAAAUAUCUUUUUCUUGUGGAAGAAUGUGUUGAAGGAGCAGCCUUUGUCUUUUAGCAUUUAGCAUUACCAAUAUUCACUGCCAACGUGGUUUAAGUUUAUGAAAAUGAAUGAGAUACUGUAUAUAAUGCUUACUUAUUUUUUAAAUUCUCAUUUAAGCAAAAAAUAUUUUCUGUCUGUUGCUGUCAAAAUAGGUGAUUUAUCUAUUUUAU